UUCAAUCCUCCAGCUGCACUUGAUCAAGCAGUUUGACUAGAAGAGAAUCAAGCAGAGCUCUGACAGCACAGAGACCAUCAUGAGACAGAAACCUCUAGAGAUGGAGUUUAAAGACUCCCAUGUUCCAGUUCUCAGUGUGUCUCACUGCUCCUCUCUUUCCCUCUCUGUCUCCUCAGCAGCAACAUUUGUAGUGAAUGUGACACAGAGCUCCUAUCAGGCAGAGGAGAACCACAACAUCACUCUGGAGUGGACCUUCACCACAAGACCCAACAGAACCUGGAUCAUCUACUGUUGCGUGUUGACUCUUCCCAGAGAAAUAGUCCUCUAUUCAGUCUAUGAAGAUGUUGAAGAGACAGAGUUUACAGAUGAACACUUUAAAGGACGAGUCCAGAUGGACAAAGACGUCCUCAGAGAAGGACGGAUCAGAUUCCAUCUGUCCAGACUGAGGACUGAAGACUCUGGACUGUAUGUGUGUAACAUCAGGACUGACUAUGGGGAAGGUUCUGCAGACUGCAACGUUACAAUCACUGAGACGGUUCCUGAGAGAAACCUCAUCACUCCGACUCUACAGGAUAAAACCAUCAGUAACGGAGGUCGGUCCAGGCUCUUCCUUUUAUUUCCUUUUAUUUUCUUCAUCAUUUCUCCGUGUUUGGUUUUACUCUUCAUUUCUAAAAAUAAGAACUCUAGGAAGAGUCCUUCUAGGUCAACCAUCUACAUUACAGAAUGGAAACCUUGCAUAAGGGCAAACUUGUGUUAAUGUAGCUGAGAUCAGAGCAAAGUCUUCUCUCCUUCAUCUUUCUGAGGUCUCCAACUGUUCAAUAAAUUGCAGGAGACCCUGGAGAUAGAAGGAGUCUUAAUGAUACCUUAGAAGCUGUUGAUGAAACCAGGAGUCUUUUCAAUGUUUAAAGGUUUUUCCUGUUUUCCUGUUUGCAGUCAGUCUCUGCAGGAACCCAACAAACUUCACAUCAAAACACAAUCAGAUGCUGUGGAUUUAUCUCCAGGAAGAGGAAAAUCAGACAUUUCGGAAAUUGUGCAUUGUUUUCUCACAGCAGUGAUUUUUUUUUUCUCCCUCAAUGCAUUUUAUCAAAGUACAGAUAAAAAAAAUGCUAACCCUCGGUUGGGGGGAAUCUUCAAAUUUCAUGUAUAUAUGUUAUUUAUUAUUAUUAUUUUUUUAUUAUUGUUUUUUACUCUGUUGUAAUUAAAGAAAGGCUACAUAUGUAAAGUGUUUCAUAAAUAUUGAUUUUUGUAAUUAUUCAUUAUUAAAUAAUAGUUAUCAUUAUUACCUCCAACUACAUGGCUAAGAACCUCAUCUUUUCCUUUUCUACAACUCUCAACUGCCUGUAGGACACAUU